GAGCAACGCCCACGGCUAGAACGCGACGAGGUGAAAUAGCUGCUUUUACAAGACACCAUAUAUCCAGGGCUAUCUGUCUCUACCUUGGCUUCUCUUUGAUCGUUUCUUCGGGCCAGUGCCCACCCCCAGAGCACCAUGUUCAAAAAAGACCUCACGGCGGCGCCGAAGCAAAAGGUCAAGUCCUCGGCGCAGCGGGCGCUGAGGCAGCAGCUCCUGGACCGGUUCCCGCUCCUGAACCCGCACAUCGACGAGGUGCUGCCCAAGAAGUCGUCGCUGGAGCAGAUGAAGCUGCCCGACCACGCGUCGCUCUUCGUGGUGGACAAGACGCCCGUCUUCUUCCAGUGCGACACGCCGCAGGGCGCCGCUAUCCUGCCGCACCUGCGCCUCGUCCACCGCUUCCCCCAGGCCUUCCCCACGGUCCGCAUCGACCGCGGCGCCAUCCGCUUCGUGCUGUCGGGCGCGACGCUCAUGGCCCCCGGGCUCACCAGCAAGGGCGGGCGCCUGCCGCUCGUGGGUGCGGAGGGCCCCAGGGACGCGGCGGGCGAGGACGGGCACUGGGGCCGCGAGCUGGGUAAGGGCGAGGGCGUCGUCAUCGUCGCCGAGGGUAAGGAAGAGGCCUGCGCCGUCGGCCUGCUGGUCGCCGGCACCGCCGAGGUCAAGGAGAAGGGCAAGGGGCCCGUGGUGGAGGACGCACACUUUCUCGGGGACGGGCUCUGGGCUUUACCGCUGGACUGAGGGAUCGGCCGGGGCUGUGUGAGGCUUUGGUUGAGCAGGCAAACAUCUGGAAAUACAAAAAAAAUAUACCGGGCUGACUUUCUGUUAUGAACUCUCUGGUGGACGAACCCCAAGGGUUCAGCCAGAGCCGCUACACAUGGACUUCAGGCUAAACUCAUAAAGCGUGUGUGACAUGAGUUGCGAUGCGUGUCUAAAUAUUGUAGAAAUGUCUACCAGGUUUCUGAGCCAAAAUGGGCCCUCAGGUAAUAUCCAAACGGUCAGGUUGAUUAGAUUGCUCUUUGCAAUAGUG